AUGGGAGAAGUAAAAAAGAUAAAAUUUAAAUCAAAGAAUGUUAAAAAGAUUCUAUUAGACUUUGUUUUAGAGAUAUUUGCUAAUUUUAAAGAAGAAAGUCUACCAGAAAGAGUAAACAUAAUUAAAGAUAAAUUAGAUGAGAAAUUUGAUGGUGGGUGGAAUGUUUGGUGUGGGAAACAUAUAACGGGUGUUUGUACUUAUAUAACACGUACUUUUAUAGAAUUUGAACAUGAUGAAGUUUUUUAUACAAUUUAUCAAACUUACACACCAAAAUAA